ACUUUCACGCCAGUGUCGACUGCUACGAUCAGCUACAUCGAAGAACCUGUGUUUUCAGAUGCGUGCGAGGCAUUUUAGCCUUUUAGUAAAUAACGUACGUUAGUUUAGAAGCUUUCACAGGACCCUUUGAUGGACGCGCGGUCACCAUGAAGUACGCUGGUCUGCUGUGUACGCGACUAUUCGUUAAAAACGUGCCGGGCGCCCGCCGCUUGACGACGCUAUCGGAUGAGCUUCGAUCAAAAUUUUCGGCUUUCAAGGGUGGCACCGUCGAGCUGACCAAGGAUGACCGCACGGGAAUCGCCGAAGUACACUUCAGCAAUCCUACCAAGAGAAACUCUUUUUCCGGACACAUGAUGCUACAGCUGCACGAUGUGGUUCGUGAGCUGCAUUCCUGGAAGGAAGGCAAGGGCCUCGUGUUCUAUGGUGGUGACGGCAUCUUCUGCUCCGGCGGUGACCUCGACAUGAUGAAGGCGCUGAACACACCGGAGUUGGGAGCCCAGAUGGCGACGAUCAUGCAUUCGGCCCUGAUGGGUCUUCGAGACCUGCCCCUCAUCAGCGUCGCUCUGAUCCAGGGCAGGGCCUUAGGCGGUGGAGCCGAACUGACAACAGCCUGCGAUUUUCGGGUCAUGGUACCUGGAGCUGAAAUUCAGUUUGUGCAGGUCCGCAUGGGCCUUGUCCCUGGCUGGGGAGGCACCACACGAUUGGUGAGGCUCCUGGGUGCUCACGAGGCACUCGAGCUGCUCGCAUCUGGCCGCAAGGUCGGCGCCGAGGAGGCUCACGAGAUUGGGCUUGUGGAUUACGUUCUUCAAAACUACGAGAGUCCCCUAGCCGAAGCCAAGAACUGGCUUGGGCAGUACAUUGCUGGGGACACUCACGUCAUACGGACUCUUAAGGAAACCAUCGUGAAGGCGAGAGAGCUCUCUACGGCCGACAGUCUACGAGAGGAGUUGAGGCUCUUCUCCACUGUGUGGAGUGGGCCAGCCAACCGAGAAGCUCUGAAGAAAAAGCUGAAGCACUGACGUGUGCUUCGCGUCCCACCUGUACCGAGCUCUCGCCCGAGGAAUUUUGCAGUAAAAGAAAAGCGUAUUUGAUUAAUGUGAAUACUGGCUGAGUUCUGGUCUGUAGACACAAGUCUACUAUGCUAGUCGGCACUGCCUGUUACUGGUAAUGUUUCCUUCUCACAUCUGCAAGAGGUGUCACUUAUAUGUACAACAGUAUCAGAAUGGAUUAUAUAAAUGAGCUGCCUUACUUCUCUCCUUCUGGUGAAAUGAACUUUUUGAAAUAAGAAUUCACGAGUGGAAAUCGGUG